GCUCUUUUUACAAAUGAUCUACUUGUAUAAGUGAGUAGAUUCCCAGCGGAGUUGCAGCCGAUCGUUGCCAAUCUCGAAGCGUCUAUGCGUUGAAGUCCCAGGUCCGUGUCGACUAUUCAUCACAGCAAGAGAUUCAGGAGCUCGCGGAGGUUCAGCUAUGGCUUCGCUCAGUCUAGUCCAGAUAUCUGCUACGUCCAUCUCGGGAGUUCAGGGAGUCAAUUGUACGAAGAAAAUUGGAAGCUUAAAGCCAGGGAAGAGUGCACUGAGCUUGAGGCAAGUCGUGAAGGAUAAUGUAGGUCGAGGCAAGGCGGGUGUUGUAUGUGCAGUGGGUGACGUCUCGGCCGACGGAAACAACUUUUUGAUUGCAGGAGCAGUCGCAAUCGCCAUCGUGGGAACUGCAUUUCCCAUCUUUUUCUCUCGCAAAGAUCUUUGCCCUGUAUGCGAUGGAGCCGGCUUCGUCCGCAAUUCCGAUGGUGGUGCACUGAGGGCCAAUGCUGCAAGAAAGGAUCUGACUCAAAUUGUCUGCAAGAACUGCAAUGGGCUCGGCAAAAUUGGUCAAACGGACAAGGCUGACAGUCAGCCAAAAAAAGCUGGUAAAAGGUAGGAGGCACUCUCAAUCUGUCGACAACUCGGAAUGGAAGGUCUCGGUUUUGAUCGGAAGGUUGGACUGGCCUUUGCACUGUGGAAGUUAGCGCCUUAGUGCUCUGAAGUAGUGAUGUUUAAAAGGCUUGGUCACAGGCCAUGAAGACCCCGAGUUUUGGAAGUAUCAACAUCAAGAAUUUUCUCUUGACCAAUUACUGUAUAUUGAUGACUCUGAUGAUGUUCCGCUUGAUAGAGGAUAUACUGUGAACUUCAAUGGACAGAAAAAACUGACAUAAAUCAGCUGUCAUUCCGAAGUUGCCGUCCCUCUGUAUUGUAACCGUGAAAAUCCUGUUACGAGUGAGUGUGUCAGUUGCCACUUACAACAUCUCAUUGUAUAAAGAACUAGAACACAUUCAACUGAUCACCUUGCUCCAUCCGCACACGUGCUAGGGGAUAAAACACGGAUAGUCUCGUUGGUUGCUGGUCUUGUUUAACCCACGAAGACGAACACUCGUGAGAAUAAGGGUGUAUUAUUGCAGCUAAAUCUGU